GCUCUCCACCAGUCCGUCUGCAAGUCGCCGCUCAAUCCCUCGGCCACCUUCUCCCGCACCUCCUCCAGAAUGACACUGUCCGCACAGUCCAUCUCCCGAAUCCAGAAACCAAGACACAUCCGUCGGCCUUGCAUACCAUAGUGUCAGCAACCUUCCAGUGAGAACAUCGUUGAUACGUACGCUGUCGCAAUUGGCCCGCCAGCCUGACGCAACCACCGUCACCGGUGAACAGCACCAAUUACCCCAGCCCACAUGGCGACCCACGAACACCCGCCAAACUUCGAGAUGCUUCAUGGUUGCCCCACGCCGCCGCCCAUUGCGUCGAGCAUGUAUGGUCCGCCUCGCUGUCUGUCUCAAGCGAAUCAAAUACCGCCAAUGUCCAAGCGUAUGGGCGCUUCCAAACCGCUACACACUCCGCCGAUGGAGUUCACGCCUAUCGGACAGAACCAGUUUCGCUUCACCCGGGCGCAAUCGAUCGAGCGCUCGCGGCCUUCCAGUGUCUCGGGCCACGCAUAUGCCGGCACAACGCCCCAGGAAAGCGAAUAUGACGAGAGCUCGGAGGAGGAAAGCGAAGAAGAGGAUGAACGGCCUCGACGUCGGGUAGAGGACGCUGAGUUUGAACUCGAGGAGGUGGACAGCGACGAUGAAGACGAUGAAGACAUAGAAGUCGUAAAGCCGGACCAUUGCGAGGACGCCAAGAGCGACAAGAGCGUUGUUGCACUAGAUGACAACGGGGUCAUGGACCGCCUGAAGGGACUCCACGUUUCGGAGAGCUCGACGGACGACGAGGUACAGGAGCUCAUCUAUUUGCCUAAGAAGAAGAGGUGGAGUGCAAAGCUCUUCAAGCGCACCCACAGCCAGAGCGUCGAAGGCGAGAGCAGUUAUUCUGACGAUGAUAUUCAAGACGACAAUAAGCCGGCGGCACGUCGUCUGCGCCGUAAGCUGCGAGGGCCUGGGCCUUGGGAUAGGCGUGGCUCGCUCAUCUUCGAAGACAAGGGUUUCCCGAAUACUAACAACAUCGAGGAAGUAGAGGAGCCGGAAGAGGGAGUAGUCAAGCACACAAAAGGCCCACCAUCAAUCCCUAGCGAUGACGCAUUCACGCUAGACGAGCUCCCAUUUUGGGGAGGAGCUUACGAGACCAUGGAUGUUGGACAUGAUUCAUAAUGGCAUGUUUUAAAACGCAUGGGCGGUAUAUGUCAGUUUGCUUGCGGACUAGAAUGUUUGCCUGUUUGUUUGUUGUUUCUUAGCGUAGCGAUUACCCCUUUCGUAACAUCCUGUGUACUUGCUCUUUCUUGCUCUUCCUCUUUUCAAUCACAUGGCUUGGUGCAGUGCAUCGAUGUCGGAUAUGCAGGCUUCCGAGAGAAGGCUUGGGCAAGAGGCUUUAGUUGGGGUUUUGUGAAUUUGUCCUAGGCAUCUAUUU